CACCCAGUCCUUCGCCCGCCCUUGUGGAUCACUGUGGAGAAAGGAAGUGUGCACCCAUCGGCCAUCCAUGGGCUCCUGAAUCUGAAUCUGCUUGUGCGUGUCCGGUUUAUAAGACCCGCCCCUACCCCACGCCGCCAUCUUGAUGAACUUUUGACACUUUCUCCCCCUUCCUCCCUCCUUCCUCCACAUCCCCCUCCCCACCACUCUCGCCAUACAACGACGAGAGUCCGCAAUCAUGGCUGCCGCAAGACGCUCCUCCGAUGCUGCUCCCUCCAAGGAGGGAAAGCACAUCGACCAGAACGGCCAGGUCUUUGAGCUGCCCACCUACACCAUGAAGAUGAUCUACGACGCCAUCCCAGCACACUGCUUCCAGCCGUCCAUCCUCCGCUCCAUGGCCUACGUGGUGCGCGACUACUUCUACGUCGCCGUCCUCUGCUACGCCGCCUCCUACAUCGAGUACAUCCCCAACGCCUACGCGCGCGGCGUCGCCUGGGCCGCCUACUCCGUGCUCCAGGGCUUCGUGUUCACCGGGAUCUGGAUCCUGGCACACGAGUGCGGACACGGCGCUUUCAGCAAGAACAAGAAACUCAACAACAUCAUGGGACUUAUCAUGCACUCCUUCCUCCUCGUCCCCUUCCACAGCUGGAGAAUCAGCCACAGCGCUCACCACAAGGCUACCGGUAACAUCGAUAAGGAUACUGCUUUCGUGCCACACCUGCGUGAGAGCUGGGUUAAGUCGUACCAGGGCCCGGACGCGAAUGUUGAGUCCGUGGAGCUUUCGCACCUUGCUGAGGACGCCCCUCUCGUCACCUUGUGGGUGUGCAUCAAGCACCAGCUUUUCGGGUGGCCAGGGUACCUCUUCGCCAACUUGACUGGACAGAAGUACGAUAAGGGAUUCCCGCAGUUCUCGCACUUCUACUUUGGAGAGGAUAGCGUGCUGUUCAAGAAGGAGCAGUUGCCUUUGAUCAUGCUCAGCGAUGCCGGCGUUGCUGCUAUGAUUGCCCUCCUUGUUGUUGGUGGACAGAUGAUCGGAAGCUGGAACAUGGUUCUUUACUAUAUGAUCCCCUACCUCUGGGUGAACCACUGGAUUGUCGCAAUCACCUUCCUCCAACACACCGACGGCAGUCUCCCCCACUACGACAACAACACCUGGAACUUCGCCCGCGGCGCCACCGCCACCAUCGACCGCGACCUCGGCUUCAUCGACACCCACCUCUUCCACGACAUCAUCGGCACGCACGUAUGCCACCACCUCGUCUCCACGAUCCCCUUCUACCACGCCGGCGAGGCCUCGGACGCCAUCCGCAAGGUGAUGGGGACGCAUUACCGCGCUGACCGCGCGACGCCGUUCAUGUGGGCGUUCUGGAAGAAUCAGAGGGCGUGCAAGUUUGUGGAGGAGACGGUGGAGGGGAGUGGUGUGUACUUUUACCGUAACCUUCACGGGACGGGAGAGCCGCCUAAGGAUUUGACCGGCGGAAAGGCCCAGGAGGCCGCGGAGCUGGUGGUGGAAAAGAAGGCGACUACGACGACUGGUGUUGCGGCGGCGUCGCAGGCGAAGAGGAGGUUGAGCCACUCGGCGCAGAUGACUGCUAAGGCGUUGCCGAUUUUGGUUGCGGAGUAAGAAGGGGACGUUGUGGAACGUUCUCUUUUUUGCUCUGUGGUUGAUCGCUGGCGUCGAGUUGUCGGCGUGUAUUUGUACGAUAUCUACCUCUCCGCCUCUCCCCACGCUUUGGGACGCACAACAUACAUACACCUUUUCGACAUACAAAAUUUUGGAUAUCCGACAAAAAUACCGUCAUGAUUUUCUUUUUAUAGAAUCUUUCUUUUCCUGCUUUUCCGUUUUUACUUUGGAAUAGAGAGGCAUAGAGGCGAGACGAGACUUAGACAAAGACGCUCGGUGCGGUUGAUAGACGACGAAAAAGAAAAGGAGAGCUGGAUUAGAAGAGAUGGUGUUUUGGUGGAUAGAGGAAAAGGGGGGAGAGAGAAUAAUACAUACAAUGAGAUACCCUAGUAC